AUGCCCAGCAACCUUGAAGAGAACUGUGGUGUUGAGUUUACCGAGUCCGAGAAGAAAGGGAAGAAGAAUCGUUACAGUCUGAAAAAAUUCUUCAUACCAGUCUGUUACGUCUUACUCGCUUCACCAAGUCUAUUGACUCAGACGCCGAUAAGGAUAAAUAAGACUAGUAAUGAUGCGUUCAACAAGAUGGUCAUCCAGCAGUUAGAUGCACGUCAUCCACCAGACAGACACCUAACGUUUUCGGCGUCGCCGGAGCUCAUCACCGCUCCUUUGUGUACCGACCCUAUGGCGUUAUCAGAAACGGAACCAGAUGCGGGUUCAGAGCUCAUUGUUGAAGAAUACGAGGAAUCUCUAACCCAUUUUGCUGACAUGAUCCUGGAGACCCUGAAAAAUUCUGGCCAAGCUUCUGAACCGUCGAAGUCACAGGAUUCUGGUUCAGAUCUCUCAGUGUCGCAACAGUUGAGGCCUAGUAUUCCAAGUGUGUCUCCUCCCAAUAUGGCUGUUCCUUGGUUGUUGAAUAUGCUCUCUGCCCGUUCAAGGGCUGACAUAACUCCCCCGGCAACAAUCACUGGAUUACAUCGAAUUCAACCGGGCCAACAUGUGGAAUGUCUGAAUUCUACGGGUAUUUACAAUGAACCGUGUGAUGCCAAACCAGUUAGAGCUGACGGGUCAAGUGAUCCGACUGUAAUCUACACCUUCUCUAGCCUUCAAAAUCAGCUGAUCGAUGCAGUAAAAGAUCCAUACAUUGAGGAUUUUCGAAACUCCUCGGAAAGCAGGGAAUAUGAGACCUUUAAGUUUCCAAUCAAUCGCACCGUGACAUUGAGCCCGUAUGAUUCAAAUGCAAGCGAAAUUGUUGACAAGGAUAUUGAGAGCACUGGAAUUUACUGGCCAGAAACUGAAGCUGUUUCUCCGCCCAUUUCUCCCACGACGAUGGAGUUCGUUACUAAGCGGCCGGCUUCAGCCGGGGAUUGUAGGCAAUCUCCAGCGCCUGGACCAGUUGCUCAUUUACAGUCCAGAAAUCGUACCACAAGUUUAUCUGACCCACUUUCUAUUUCACUCAGUAAUGAUUUACGUGACCGCACGUGGUUUGGAUCGGGCUCUAGUUUGAUUCUAGCCGGUCUUCAAUCUCCUCCCUACAUGGGGAGUAAUUUGGGCGCUCACGAAUGUUCUCAUGAUGAUCCGUAUGGAGUUGUUAUCUACUCAAAUAUCCAUAUUCCGUUGCGCACCCCGCGUUCAAGUCUAUCGAAUGUGGUUGAAUCGGAUACCCGCUCCUUACACAUCCAGUCUUCAGAUAUUCCUCUGGGACACUCACUUUCUGGGACCCACUUAGCCACAAAAUCUGCAGAGGCAGUAGCUCGACCAAAGUCUACCGGCAGCCGAUCCGAUGGAACCAUCCAUCUGGCUGGCAACACUUCGCCUCCCGUUUCCCAACAGUAUCAACAACACCAGCUUUCACAAAAGAACCCUGGAUUUGUCGACGGACCACGGGGCAACUCUGUGAUUGUACAUCACCCAACCAGUCCAUUUGCUCGCGUGCCUCGUGUCCCAACCGGUGAACCGAAAUCUGACUCAAGUGUGGAUAUUUCGAAGUUGCAUUCAUCACCCUCUCCGUCCGAAAGCAUUCCGUCUUUGAUUGAACCGAUUUCCGGAAACACUGAACAGCCUUGCGUAUUUCAAUCUACUUUGGGUACUAUAGGAUCUUCCUCUUCUCAGAUUGUCUCCACAUCGGGAUCGGAAGCACCGCAAAUGGCAACAGACUACACAGUUGGCGAAAACUCUUAUCCACAAACCGAACUGUCAGCGAACAAUUUAACUGUUCGUUCGCGCACUUCCGAUGCGCAUCCUACCUAUGAAGAGGCUUGGGAUUUGAAAAUGACUCGACAACUCGGAUUCGGCAUCUCUCGUUUGACACCUGCUUUUGACAAAACUCAACAAUGCACACCACUCUCAAACCGAGAAUCGAAAGCCUGUAUUCAGCCGACGGUUGCCUCUUCCAGUAAUUUAAUCAAAUCCAUUAACCCAACCACAACGUCUAGUGUUGGCCGUGCGGUCCCCUUCAGUUCAUCUCUCAAAUCAACGUCGCAACAAGCUGUAAGCAAGCCUCGAUCGAAUAGCGGAGAACGUCAAAUUGCUGCGCUUUCUUCGGUGCCAACAGCUAGUGAGGGAGUUAUUGGGAAAUCGUCUCUGCAAUCUUACGAAAAUCGGUUGUUUGUCGAACAGCCAAAACGGACGGAGUCUGCGCUAACACAUCAGACGCAUGGAGCUGGAUCAGCUGGUACAACCUCCGAAUAUGACUACGCGUAUAACGGCUCUUGGAGUAUGGGUGUGAAGCUCAACCUAAGUUUGGCUAUGAACCAGAAUAACGAAACCCACCCAGGUUCAGCCGCACACCAGCGAACGUUGCUUCCCGCUUCAGGACUAGCCAAUCAUCUAUCUGCCACGCUAAGCCCACCCGCAGUGCCCGCGCAUCAGAGUACACGCACUGCCGUGAAUAGCUGCAAAGCGGACACUGGUAGUGCAAGAGCGAAGGGUGUUACGCGUGGACCGGCUUCCGCCCUUUUACCGCAAGAAUUCGAUAGUCUAUCGACGGAUAGUUGCGAUGACUCAUGGGAUAAAACCCAUGGCCGUGUGGUUCGUGAGUUGACAAACUGUCGCGUUGUCGAUCCGGCAGCUGUUCUUCCCGCGGUGGGUCUGUCCAACAGGGACGCAUCGAUCAUCGGUGUUCCUAUCUCGAUGAAGUCGGUCGGCCAGGCAUCCACCACAGUUGUUUUACCCCAAUCAAUCUGUGGUCCCCAACUCGACCGACCGCGAUCGGGUGUCUUACAGCACUCUCCGGCCGAUUUGAGGACACCUCAGAGCUGGACAGUGCGGGCUGCUAACCUGCAGUCUUUGCCGUUGGAAGAACAACCGUGGUUCCACCCGUCCCUAACCCGUUCUGACGCAGAGGAACUUAUGUCCAACGAACCCGAGGGCAGUUUUCUCGUCCGGAACAGCGAGACCUGCGUGAAUGAUUACUCCCUAACCAUCAGACACAAAACCUUUCUGCAUAUGAAGAUUUCUCGAAACCCCCGCGGCCAGUUCAUUUUGGGUGAGUAUAGCCAACCGUAUGCAAGCGUGCCUCAAAUGAUCUACCAUUAUGCGUCUACCUCUGUACCCGUCCGUGGAGCUGAAUAUGUGAUGCUCAUUCAUCCGGUAUGUCGGCAGAUUACCCGACCUCUACCACCGCCACCACAACCAGGCUGAAACGCCCGUCCAACUCCUUGAACCUCUAUCAAACCCUGACACAGGCUUACACGUUCCCUUUCCCGUCCCCACUCAUUCCCUCCAUGUGCCAUGUCAGAAUCGACCAUAGCGCCUUGUUGAUUUGUAUUUCCACACAGAACUCCACGCGUGAACAUGAGCUGCAUUUCGACUCAAAUCAAGCCAUAAACUCGUCCAUAAACACCCCCCCCCCAUCAUCUGCUACCACUGGAUCGUUUCUCAGAAACUUUUGUGAUACGCGCUUUUUCAGUUCCCGUAUUUCCCUUAUCUAAUAUAUUCGUCUGAUCAACAUUUGCACAACCCACCUGCAUCCGACCAGCGUAGUACUUUCGGUGAACCAGUCAUAUUAGCUCUUCCAGUUACAAUCUUCUCGACAGAGAUCAUCUACAUUUACAAAAUUUUUUCGUUUUUGUCAUUGGGCCAUUUGAUUUUCUCUUCAUAUUCGCCGACGUAGUUAUGACGCCAUUCAGCCGCUGAGUUUAAUUUCUAUUGUGUUUUGCAUCGCCCGGUUGCACCCUUGCCCAGUUCUGUACAGUAUUCGGAGCUUUUUGUACGUGGAUCCCUUCCCCAUGUCGUCUCGCCCUCUCAUUGACCGGUCACUGAAUUUGACACUAUCGCUUGCUUCUGUCUGCUAAACAAGCGGCUUGGUCCAUCAUUUUGUCAGUAUGAACUUGGGUCAUAUACACUUUUAUGCGAUGGAGUUGUUCGACCCGGAAAUUCCACUUUCCUAUCGUUUAAUAGAAGUUAAAAAUUGGUGGUACUGCCUGACAGUCUGAGAUGACAGUGUACUCGGUGAGACCAUCGGUAUGAUGAAAGGAUACAGCCAAGCAUUGCCAGUACAACAAAAUUCUAUGUUCAGCAGGUGUUCUUUAACACCUAGUUGUUUGUGGUUGGGAAUUGUGCCGCUGUUGGAG